UUGUAAAGAAGAGCAAGAGCAAGCAUUUGCAAUGCUUGCUGCAGUUUUAUGGUUGGGAAAUAUAUCAUUUCAAGUAAUUGACAAAGAAAAUCAUGUGGAGGCAUCUGCCGAUGAAGCUUUAACCAGUGCUACCAGGUUGAUGGGUUUUGCUCCAGAUGAACUAAUGCAAGCUAUAUCUACGCGUAGAAUCCGAGUUGGCAGGGAUAUUAUUUGUAAAAAAAUUGACAUUGCAACAGUUGGCACAGUUGUUUGCUCUUGGUGGAUGCAUUGGUUUCGGUGGAUGGCCGACCAGCAUGGGUUUUCCUCGGUGGGUUCACGUGGGUGGCACACUGUCUCGGGCUUCCUCUUGUAA